CGAUAAUUUUAAUAAAAGUGUUGCAGCCCUGAUGGCAACACUGCUUGUUGAUAAAUAUAUUGUGUUGUUGUUGGUCUUUAAUAGUAAAUAAUUGUUUGUUGUGUUGAGCUAUGACAUGAUGGACUUCACUGAGGACUUCACACACAAGAAUGAUUCAUGUUUUCACUGCAGUGGCUUCUAUGGUCCCAAUUUUGGUCAACCUUUGUGCACCACUUGUCAUGCAUUCCUUUACCCGGAUGAUCCUUCAAAGCUACCUAGUGUGGGCCCAUAUCAAGAGAAAACUGACGAUGGAGAUUCAGGAAAUGAAGAACCACGUGAACCUGGAGAUUAUUACCAAACACAGGAGCAAAUGCAGCAACUACCACACCAACAGCAACAGCAGCAGCAGCAGCAGCAGCAGCAGCAGCAGCAGCAGGAACAUUAUCAGCUACAUCAAUUAGAACAACAAUUACAACAGCAAACACAGCAUCAGCAACAGCAAGAGGGAACCAGCAGCAGUUUGAAUGUGCUAGUUAACGACGAAACUGAAAAUGAUGACUAUGAUUUUGUUGAUGAUGGUGCUGUUGAUAGCAUAGAGGUUGUUAGCAGUGAAUCAAGCUUAGUCUCUGCUUCAGACUUACCUGGAGCAGGACCAUCUACAGUAUUACCCAGAGCAGUAGGUGGACAAGCAUCAACAAACAUUCCUGUAUGCUCUGGGAUGGUCAAUGCUGUUGGUGUCUUGGGAAGUAUUGGUGGUGGACCUGCACCUGGUUCCUCAGGUAAUAGUUUGUUAAUAAUGGGAGCUUCAGGAGGAAGCUUACCAGGACGGAAUGGUGCAGGUCUAGGAGGUGGAGGUGGAGGUGGCAGUGGCAGUGGCAGUGGCAGUAGUAGUGGUGUGGGAGGAGGCAGCCUUCGAAUGGGAGAGACAAGACGACUCCUUGUUAGGAAAGCUGAAGGAAGAAUGGCUGUAGUACGGGAAACUCUUCAAGAGCAGAUAAUCCAGCUGACUUGUCCUCGUCCAAGUGAAAGCCUUGACCCAACUCUCAUACAUCGUAUGCCUCCAGAAGUUUGGGUGUUGGUGUUUGAUCUUCUGGAUGACAUGACGUUAUGGUCUGUUGGGCGUGUUUGUCGACGGUGGCAGCAGCUAGUGGAUCGAUAUGUGGCAGAUGAUCAGUGGCAGAAAUACACACAGCGCAGAUGGCCUCUAUAUUCACCACUGUUUAAGAAUGUCAUGUGGCAGAUGGUGUAUACUAAAUUAACAGAGAGUGCACCAUGCCAUAUGUGUCUUCACCAGAUGUCUCUGCUAACGCCACCUCUCAAUUGUGAAAACUCCUGGAGAAGGAAUCGCCUACGCAAUGAACUCAGAACACUUCGGUCAGACCCACCAGAAGGUAUUCAGGCAUCACCACUAGAUAAGAUGUCUCUGCACUGGCAAGCUUCAAUACGGGGUCCUGCAGGUUCUCCCUAUGAAGGCGGCACUUUCUUCUUGUACAUUCAAAUACCCCAUAGCUAUCCUCUGUGUCCACCUAUUGUUCGCUUUAUCACAAAGAUCUUCCACCCUAAUAUUUCUCGGCAUGGAGACAUUGGAAUUGAUUCCAUACAGCACAAUUGGUCAUUAGCUCUCACUAUCUCAAAGGUUCUCAUCUCAAUACAGUCCCUUCUCACUGACCCAUAUACGAAGGUGUGUAUGGAACCUGAGAUUGGUAGAUUGUAUGAUUGUGACAAGAAGCAGUUUGAGUGUGUAGCAACAUCUUGGACAUGGAAGUAUGCCAUGCAUGAUGCUCUCAUCCCUGAGCCAGUUCCAGCUUCAGUGCUGAGCAACACCUUUCUAACAUGUGGAACUUCUUCUCAGGUCAGAGCCAUACCUUUAAAACGUGUAAGACUCUUGUCAAUUCUGAGCCUCACUUUUAUAACAUGUGGGGACCUCUUCUUAGGUCAGCCUAACCUUUUUAACAUGUAAAAACUUCUCUCAGUCCAUAACAACAUUUUAACUUGUGGCCUUUUCUUAAAUUACAGAAACAUCUCUGUGUAUAUCAUUGGUAGAAUAUACAGACAAAUGUCUUAACAAGACAUAAUAUGCAGCAUAUGGAAUUUUAUUGAGAAGAUGUAUUGAUAUAUUGAGAAGAUAUUGAGAAGUGUAGAGGAGAGAGAGAGAUUCUGGGAAAUGUUGAGUGAAUGCGUGGGGAGUUUUGAAUCAAGUGUGAGAGUAAUGGUGGUUGGGGAUUUCAAUGCUAAAGUGGGUAAAAAUGUUAUGGAGGGAGUAGUAGGUAAAUUUGGGGUGCCAGGGGUAAAUGUAAAUGGGGAGCCUUUAAUUGAGCUAUGUGUAGAAAGAAAUUUGGUAAUAAGUAAUACAUAUUUUAUGAAAAAGAGGAUAAAUAAAUAUACAAGGUAUGAUGUAGCACGUAAAGAAAGUAGUUUGUUAGAUUAUGUAUUGGUGGAUAAAAGGUUGAUGGGUAGGCUCCAGGAUGUACAUGUUUAUAGAGGGGCAAGUGAUAUAUCGGAUCAUUAUUUAGUUGUAGCUACAGUUAGAGUAAGAGGUAGAUGGGAAAAGAGGAAGGUGGCAACAACAAGUAAGAGGGAGGUGAAAGUGUAUAAACUAAGGGAGGAGGAAGUUCGGGUGAGAUAUAAGCGACUAUUGGCAGAAAGGUGGGCUAGUGCAAAGAUGAGUAGUGGGGGGGUUGAAGGAUUGGA